UUUCAUCCCUUGAUGAAUUGCUUCCUCUCCUCCAGCUGCACAGGGAGAAGUGUCAAGCCCACAUAGUGAUAUUGAAUUACUGAUAACUACAGUGUAUUCCCACAGACGCAUGUGAGCACAUGAUUAAAAUCCAAUGCGUAUAAUGACGGCGCUAAGAUCAAAGGCAUUUGCAAUGGGGUGCAGGCCCUUUAAGAGAGACUGAUCGGGGAGGGCUCUGCAUCCAUAAAACAUGAGUUUAUUCAGUGGCCAUGCUAAGACAUGGUUAGGAGCGCCUCAGCACUCCAGCGUGCUCUACCCGUCACAGACAGAGCAUCCCUGUCCUGCAAAACGCUUCACCCACAUGCUGACACAGCUCCGCCAGAAGCUGGGACAUGGACGCGCCGAGAGUAAAGGGAUAAAACUGGGGCGAGGGAAGACAGGAAGCAAGAAGAAACAGCAGUAGAAGAAGAGACUGAAUGGAGAACAAACAAGAGGUUAAAGGCAUAAAGAAGAUAAGAGAGAAAGUGACGGCGCAGUAGAGGACAGUAAACAGGUGCAUCGAGGUGGAGAAUGGGCAAUUCCUCCUUCCCAGGUCGAGAAAAGAGAAAGGGUCCCAUGAUCUCUGCCGGUGAUGCCGAGUUCCCGCGGGAUUACCACACCCUGGCUGCCGGUGGUGGCCGUGGGGCCCGGCGGUUCCCCGACAACACCAAUGGGGGGUUCACAUCAUCCUCGCUGGACCGCCGGCACAACUCCGUAGCCGCCAAGAGCCUGGAGGCCCUGAACAGCAUCCACAAGGCGGACAUCGAACGCCAGCGAGACGCCCUCAUGGAUCUCCAGAAAAACAAGUACUCCAACAGCCCCGGCAGCAUGUCGCAGGGCUCUGCUGCUCCUGGAAGACAGCAACAACCAAACUACUGGAGCUUCAAGACUCGCACACCACGUGUGACACGACUCAGCCCAACACAGCCGGCUCUUGCUGACCAGGCCAACAGGGUAUCCUUUGCGUCAGCUGAAAAUCUGGAGACCAUGUCGGAGCCUGAUAUCCCCAUCGGCUUUAACCGGAUGAACCGGCUUCGCCAGAGCCUGCCGCUGGCCCGCUCGUCCAGCCAGGCCAAGCUGCGGGCGCCAGGGAUCUUGUUCCUCCAGCUUGGGGAGGAGACGCGCAGGGUGCACCUGACCCACGAGCUGACCAGCCUGGAUACUCUGAGGGCCCUCAUCGUGCACAUGUUCCCCCAGAGGCUCACCAUGGCCAUGCUCAGGUCUCCCAGCACAGCUCUGCUGAUCAAAGAUGAGACCCGUAACGUCUUCUAUGAGCUGGAGGACCCGCGGGAUGUUCAGGACCGCUGCGUAAUUAAGAUUUACUGCAAAGAGCCCAUCUACGGCACCUACCCCGGACACCACAACCCACACCUGGCUAACGGAGACCUGCGGAGGGAGAUGGUGUAUGCACCUCAGGACUCUCCAACCAACCGCCGCCUCAGCAACCCGCCCAUGUCUUCCCAGCAUUCAUCUUCCUCUGCCUCCCCUCAAGCCUCACCGUCCCGCGCCCGCCUCCUCUACAGCGGUGGCAGGCCUUCUUCCUAUGCCGGGCCAGCCCACCACACCCACUCCCUGCCACACCCACACCCGCACUCCCAGUCCCACCACUCCUCUCCCCACCAGCAACCACAGCUCCAUCAGCCCCAUCACACCCAGCCGGCGUUCUGUGCCUCCUCCAGUGCCAUCCUGGAGCGCAGGGACGUGAAGCCCGACGAUGAUGGAUCUAGGAGCAUGGUGCUGCUGCGGGGAGACGAACGUGGGGGAGGGGGUAUCUACGCGGACCCCUACUCUCUGGGCCCAGACACAAGUCGGAUGAGUCUCGCAGGAGGUCCUCACUCCCCUCUACCAGCCAGAGCAGACCCCUAUGGCUCCUUAUACCGCCGUGGAGGAGGAGGAGGAGGAGGUGGUGCUGGAUCAAUGCGUUCCCUCACCUCCUAUUCAGCAGCUGCUUUACAAGGAGAGCUGAUGGAAAGCGGUGCUCUCUAUAGACCAGGAGGACCGCUUUAUAAUGACGCCUACGCUGCGUCUAUGUUGGCCAUGGGGCUGCGGGUGCCACCACCUUCCUCCCCACAGAAGAUACCCGACAUGAGGGAUUCCUACGCGGGCACCAUGCCGGGUCGGGGCUCCCCCGCGAGGCAGAGUUUGAGAAGGGACUCUGUGACCUCCUCUGUGUUUGGGGACAGUCCCAAAGCCAGGGGCCAGGGCUCAGGGUUAGGUCUCACCUCAGAGCAGCUCUGCUUGAUGGCCGGUCCUGGAGGGGAGGGAGGGAGCGCCGGAGGCUUCGGCUCACCUCUGCUUGGAAAUGAGACGGAGACCAGGGAGCGUAUGGAGGCUAUGGAGAAGCAGAUAGCUAGCCUGACCGGACUGCUGCAGAGGGUACUGAGCAGAGCGCCUGAGGCAGAAAGCCCGGAGAAGAUUGAGUCAGCCAGUGACUGCUCAGGAACUGACACUGGACGAACUAAAAAGAAAGCUUUAACACCGUCUGCUCCCUUGGCCCUAAUGCCACCUCCACCCUCGGGGGCCAACCAGCCUGUGACAGUGUCCCGUCUGCAGAUGCAGCUCCACCUACAAGGCCUGCAGCAGAACACCAACGCACUGCGCAAACAGCUGUCGCAGCUACGCAACAUGCAGCUGGAGAACCAGGACUCAGUCUUGUCCCUGCUGAGGCAGACGGAGUCAGAGCUGAGCCUCAUGAUGCUGGACGCCAUGCGCACACAGGAGGACCCGCUCCAGAGACAGCGCCUCCUAGUGGAGGAGGAGAGACUCAAGUACCUCAACCAGGAGGAGCUGCUAAUCCAGCAGCUGCAUGACCUGGAGAAGUCAGUGGAGGAGCUGCAGAGGAACUCGUCAGUCAAUCACGGCCUGGUGACCGAGCAGGAUGUGGAGCAGAAGAGCAAAGAGCUGAGGAUGCUGGGAGAGACGCUCACUGAGCUCAAAAACCAGUUCCCCAGCCUGCAGAGUAAGAUGCGGGUGGUGCUGAGGGUGGAGGUGGAGGCUGUUAAGUUCCUGAAAGAGGAGCCUCACCGCCUGGACGCCCUGCUGAAGCGCUGCAACACCAUGACUGAUGCGCUCAGCACGCUCCGCAGUUUCUUGUAUCCCUCCUAUAUGUACAGACAAGUCACAGAAGGUGUGUGGAAGAGCCCUGAAGACCUCUCCGGCCAAUCACAGAAGAGAGCGGAGGACAUGAGUCGCAGCUCUGACCUGGAUAUCCUGAACAGUCCUCCUCUCAGCCUCUCUGACCUGAGCACCAGCGCUGGCCUGGCCAACUGGAUGCCCAUGUCCGCCGGCGACGCAGACACCUCGGGCCCCGAGCAGGACAUCCAGCCUUUAAUGACGUUCAGAAACCGGGUUCUCGAUGAUCUCCCAAGUCGGCGUCCUGCCGAUAAGUCUGUGUCGGCCGAAGUCAGACUGGCGGCAGAGCGGGACUGGGAGGAGAAGCGUGCCAGCUUGACCCAGUUCAGCGCCCAGGACAUCAAUCGCUUGCUGGAAGAGACCCAGGCUGAGCUGAUGAAGGCCAUCCCGGACCUCGACUUUGCUGCCAGGCACAUCAACAAGCCAGCAGUGCCCCCCAAGCCCCAGAUCACCAUCCCAAUAACCUCCACCACAGUUACUUCUCCUGCAUCUGGGACCACUGGGACCACAGCCACCACCACCUCAACUACCACGGCCAGCGGGGACCAGCAGCCUGGCAAAGUGCAGCUGGCUGCCCAGAAGCUGAACAGUAUGGAGGGGGCCGGUUCACAUCGAGGGUCGGUGGAUCUCAACGUGACCAGGUAUCGUACAGAGAAACCCUCCAAGUCUCCGCCUCCGCCUCCACCUCGCCGAAGCUUCCCGUCGGCACACGGUCUCACCACCAACCGCACGGGAGACGUCAUUGUCACCACCAAGAAUCUGAAGAUGGAAGAAGAUGGUGACAUGCCUAAAACUCUUGUGAAGCUGAGGCGGACCCCCUCUGACACCCCUCGACCUGCCUCGACCCCGCCUGUGAUCGCAGCAUCAGCCAUUCAAGACGAGGACGACGAAGAGAAGAUUAUUGCUGAGCUAGAGAUCUUUCAGAGAACGCCUGUAAAAGAUUGUAAUAAAAGGUACAGCACCCCACCAAAGGCCACCCCCACCCCUCCCUACACCUUUGGGUCCUUGGGCAAAAAGAACAACAGCAACUCUCCGGGGCCGACGAAGGGUCCCACCGUCGCAGCCAGGCUCAAACACCUUCAACAAGGCAGCCUAGAGAGGCCCAAAACCCGCAAGCAGAAAGAGGAUUUCCCCAAAGUCCAGGGCCAGCAGCAGGUAUUCCACUUCUAAAACCUCCACCUCUGAUGCUCCGUCUGCCUCUGACUCUCCUCUCUGCUGUCACUUCAAAGGAAGUUUCCCCCUGCGACUUCUACGAGAUGAGAAAAACUGUAUAGGCCCAACCAGCAGACAAUAUGAGCUUACGCAAAAACCAGAGGGGGAACUAUCUACAGAUUGAUUUUCACCAGUUCUUGAUGUGUGUUUUGACAUUUGAGUUACUGGAUCUAACCUAGCUUGCUUAGAGAUCAAGUUGUUGUCGUAAGAGUAUGUCGAUGUUUUGAUUUCCUGAGGGAAGGUCUUGGUGGUGCUUGUGACUGAUUAAACUAGCUUUAGUAUAAUAGUCAGAUCUAUUCAGAUACAACCUUUGCCUCCAUUGUGCGACAUAACCUUCAGUAAUGCCACGGAGUGAUUUCAUAUCUCAAGGUCAAAGUGAUGAUAUUUCACCAUGAUCCAUCCAUGUAUUCUGUCACUGAAUCCUCAUCUCUCACUCUAUUCAUCCAAUAAUUACCACAUGCUGCUCUUACAAAUUACCCAUCCUUUAAAUCUCAAGGUUAGCGGGCAGCGCUGCAGCAGUUGCACAGUAUUUUAGUACGUUGGUGUGGCUGGUAUUGAACAGCCUGAGAGGUCCACGUUCCAGCCAAGAGGCCAAUCCAUUAAGCUAGCUUACUCAGAAUUGCCUUUUAAGAGCUCUAAUGCUGUGACUUAUUAUGCAAGAUGACAAGAGUGUGAAGCACAAGGUGCAAGGUUACAUGAAAAAGCUGUUUUUGUAGACACGCUUUUCAGUUUAAUGUGUGCAAUAAACCAUAUUUAUAGAAGGUGGAAGAGAAGAAGUGGAGAAUCGUAAAGGAAGACUGACUGAGGCUGUGCACAGCAACAGAAAAACUAAAUGUAUAUGGAAGCAACAAAAAAAAAAGCAGCAAUGAUUUAAUUACAUAAGCAACUGGAAUUACAAAGAAUAACUCAAACCACAUAAAUUCAGAUAGAUGGUUGUCAAAGUAAAAUAUUUCAAUCCUAAAUAAAUUUAGUGGUAUAUUAAUUGCUGGUUAAAUUUCACAAUUAGGUAUUUAGUUUCUUAUAAAACUUCUUUGCUUCCUUCCCCCCGUCCACACAUACAGACUCAAACACUGGAGGUGCGACAUUCAUUGUGAAUUGAAUUCCUGGUGCUGGCUGUAAAGUCGCCCAGCAGCGACAUGUGGAAGUUGAGAAAGGUUCAACUCCUGGAGACAGCCAGUCGAACUCAUUUCUCCUUCUGGAAAUGUCAGCAAAGUUGUUUUCUAUUUCUAACUCAACUGUGUGAAGUACAAAAUGGGGGGGACUGCUUCUCCAUUCAAUACUUUAACAAGCUACUGGGAAAAUGAAUAAGAAAAUGUCGCCUGAAAACACAUCGCUCAGGACUGCUUCGUCCUGCGCCGGUAUAGUAGCAGUAGGAGAAAUAAAAUGCCCAAUCAGAGCUGAGUAUGUAAAUUACCGGCUCGAUGCUAAACACCUCCGCAAGCUUCACGCUCAUGAGAGGCCAGAGAGGGACGGUCACUUCUGAGUCUGUAUGUGUGAACUGGAGGUUCAACUCAGCACUUGGCCAAUGAACUCUGAAGCACGGCCUUUUUAAAUGUGAAGCUCCACUCGUCUUAUCUGCUCCUGCAGACACUCCAAGCUGCCCCCGACCUGCUGAGUGGAGCCUUGACCCAUCCUUCGCCACGGUCUUUAAAAAAAAAGAAAAGAAAAAAGAGCUUUCAGAAAAUACUCGGAAAGAGAAAAUGAUAACACUUCCAGUCAGGGAGCACCUUUACUGCUAAUCCACAUUUUCACCCAGAAGCAUCGUCUCUGCAUUUGGGGCAGUUUCAGAAAUCUACUUUGAUUAAUUAUUGAAUUUACCCAUUAAACAUGCAAAACCUCAUUUAUGUUUAUUUAGAGUUUAUUUUUUUACAAACACUCCCUGAAAGCAGCUCAUCCACAGGAGCUCAGCUCAUAUUUAGAGACUUAACUUUCAUCUAUCAGGUUAUGACUUCCCAGAAAGGACGGUGUCUUUUUAACAAUAGCUUCCAUUAGCCGUAACAGCAAUUAGCACAUGGCUAACAUGGCUGACCUCCACCUGACACGGCGAUGCCAUCUGGGCGAGCGUGGCACUUCCCUCCACAAAGAGACCUCGAGGAUUAGUAUUCAGGGCCGGUUGUGCCUUGUGCUGGUCUGAAUAUCAACUAAUUUCCCGUAUUGCUUUUAAAAAAAAAAAUGGAUCAUCCAAAGAGCCUGAAAGCAAACGGUCAAAUAAUGUUUUUCUUUUUGUGUGCAUAAACUCCAUGUUUACGUAGUCAGGAGUGAGCUCAUGGCUUGAGAUAAUGUCAUCAAACAUGGUGUUAAAGUUGAACAGAAACACAUUUUCCUUCGUAUCCUCAACACAGUACCAGCAGUAGAAUUUCCACUGUAAUUCAACAGAUAAUGUGAGUAAUUAUUUGGUUCAGCAUCAGUAGAUAUAAAUGCUUCUGUCACUCUAAACUGUACAUACAGUGUUGUGGCUUGUGUCCCCAUGUAUAGUAGUUAAUGUAAAGAGUCAUGAUACAGUAAAACAGUCAUAGACAUGGGGGACAACAAACGUUUGACUCAUUAACUAGAAUUUGCUGCCAUCUCAGUCACUUUACUGUUAGUUUUAUUUUUUAAAAAUCUUUUUUCACCCCUCUUCUGUUGUGGGUGAAGGAUGUAAACAUCACACGAUGCCUGUUUCAGGAUCAGCAGGAAGUGGUGCAGUGUGUGUGUGUGUGCGCGCGCUUGCCUCGGGCAAAUUAAAGCAUUUGGAUUGUGAAAUGUUUGUUAACCAGAGGCUGUUAGAGUACAGCAUCCAUCUACAAGAACUGCCAAAACAAUAUGAUGGAAAAAUACAUAUUGUAUCGCAAAAUGACACAAUUUCCACUUUAGUUGACCUGUGCAGGCAUUUAUUUUUUGACACAUUUGACACAACACACCCACUGUUCAUUUUGAGUUUGAUGGGAAAAGUUGCUGCCCUGCUGCAUUUUAAAAAAAAAAGAGGCGGUGCACUUUUAUAAUCCCACUUCAAGCCUGGGUGAUGCACCUGUCUGCUAGUCCCUUUGUUCCUGAGAGCGCUGAGAGAGCCACGGAUGUACCAGUGUCCCCCUGAGGCUCCAGGCAGCACCUUGUCACCACAAACCGUUUUCUUUUAUUGUUGAACUUAAGCUGUUGUCAAGCUUGGAUUCUUCCUCCUCGUACACCCUCUUCCAACACUGUUACAGACAAUAUGAGCAUUCAGAAGAUGUGAAAGGCCUUUUUAAGUGUAUUUUAUUCAGCCAGCCUUUUCUUGAGGCAUUACAGUCGGGUGUUAAUCCUCACCAGUCUGCAAAGAAUCCAUCUUCAUCUUAGCCAAAACUGUGAUUUUGCUUUUGAUUUUGUCCCCUGCACAGAGGCAUUAGAGCCCUGUGGAUUCUAUACUUUAUAGGAUGGGUCUUUUUUUGUUUGUUUGGGUUUGUUUGUUUGUUUUUUGUUGUUGUAGUUUUGGCUAUAAUUUCUGUUAGUAAUAAUAUUAUUGCACUAACCAAAUUAGUUAUUGGGAAGCCAGACGGGUCAAGAAACACAAACAGUCAAAGGAUCAGACAGGUUGUAAACAUACACGAUUUAGCCAGAUUUAUUUAGAAGAGAAAAUGAAGAUGAAAAGUAAAAUUAUGACCCAAACUGUCCGUUCUUAACACCCACGACAGUUUACAGGCCGACUUCUUGGUUCUACUUUGACCCCCCCCCCGUACUUGUCGUGGUCUUGCUCACAGUUUUCCUGUGAAAUGAGGAAUUAUUACUGACAUUUCAAGUGUGCUCAUUUUCUCUUUUUAAGGACUUCCACAAGUGCGGGUCGUAAAACCAAAACAACAAGCUAAAAGGCCCUAAAACGCUCCAUGUAGCUGAUUCCUUUCACAUUAGACCUAGUCAUUUGAUCCACUGAUUUAUAUAAAAAUACUGAACAGUGCAGCUUUAAUGAAUACGGGUACCUGGAACCGGAUCCGAAAGCAGUGUGCGUUUCAAUACCCAUACUAUUUACAGAAACCGAUUUAGUGUUUCCCAAUACAUAGUAUGUCAAAUGCAGUAUGCCAAAAAUACCAGGAUGUCCUACUGCAUCCCGUCGCAGCCAGCAUGCUUUUCUGGCUAUUCUUACCCACAAUCCUCUGCGCAGCAUGAGCAAGAGGGUCAAAGUUCAAGGCGCAAUGUUAUGACCAAGUAAUAUGUCCUAAUUGUGUGCAUACAGCAUGUACGUACUAAAAGUAGCAGCAGGAGUCUAUCAGAACCAAAGUCUAUUUACAACAUGUCUGACCAUCUGACUGCUCACGUUUCUUGUCCCGCUGGACUUCGUUGCACAGCAACAACUUUGGUGAGCACAAUGUCUUCGUAACUGAUAGAAAUUAUGACCAAAGCUACAAAAUUAGGACUCGUUUAUCCUUCAUUUUUCUUGAGGUUUUUACUCUGCAUUUACCUCUCAAGGACUCUCUCAAGAGCCAUCCAUCACGUCAGGAUGCACUUGGCACUCUUUAGACGUACUUUCCCACUGUGGCAUGCAUUCGUCUACAUGCCCAGUGCAGUAAACAGUCUCCGUCAUUAAUCUUCCUGAACGUAACUUGUUUGUCCUCACAGAACAUUUAGAUGGACGAACCGUCACCAGCCAUGCGUGGCCCAUAGACGAGCGGUCCGUGGGGAAAAUCUCUGGUUCGCUAAUGUGCAGAGCCGUUCAUCAGCACUGUCGGGGGGGCGCGGCCAGGUUUUGGUUGUUUUUCCAGUUGGUUUAUUUAUCCGGCACAUAAAGGAGCCUCUGAGACUCCUGCUGCUGCCGUGGUGUUUAAAGAUCAGGUCAGAGAGAAGGAAAUGUUUUCUUAGCAACACCCAAGAGCCUCGGCUUAUAAAGAGCUGUGGUCAGAGAAACACACUCCUCCUCAACUCCUCUUCCUCCAACUCCUCUCCUCGUUUACUCUCCUUUUCUUGUGUCCUUGUUGUUUACUCUCCACGUCUCCUCUCCUUUCCUACCCUCUGCUCUCCCUUCCUUGUCACCUCGCCUUUUUUCCUCUCCCCUCCUCUCUGCUCCUCGCUUCCUAUCCUCCCCUCCCCUUGUCUCCUCUCGUCUCCUUGUUUCUUCGCCUCUCCUCAUCUCACCUCUCCUUUCCUUCUGUCUUUGCUUCCUCUCUUUAUCUCCCCUUUCUUUGUCGCCUCUCUCUUCCUUUUCCACCUCCUCUCCUUACUUCCUCUCUUCAUCGCCCCUUUCCUUGUCUCCUCUCCUUGUUACCUCCCCUGUCUUCUCCUCUCCUCAGCUGUCCUUUCCUCUCUGCAUCUCUUUCCUUCUUUCCCAUCCUAAUAUUUCCUUCCCUCUUCUCUCUCCUCUUUUUCCUUUUACCCUCCUCUUGUUUUGUUUCCUUUCCUCUCCUCAAAAUGCUGUCUUCCCCUGUUCAUUACAUUAUCCCUCCUCUCCUGCCAUAUAUUUCAUCCCUCCUCUACCUCCCUCCAUCCAUUCCCUCCUCCGAGUCACUCACAGAAGAAGUGCUGAAUAAGGACAGAUUGUCUGACAGCAGAGCAGCACAGUGAUCACAGUAUCAUCAGCCUGUUUGCAGCUCAGCGACAGCCACAUACUCUCGUCUUACCACAAGCACGAGGACUGUCACGCCGAUGCACCAACACCUGACAGCCCCGGUGGCCAAUCAGGAGAAGCGCAGUGUAGUGGUAGUGCGGGGGGGGGGCAGUUUUCGGCUUCAGUGACACACACAAACACAGAAAACCUCGUAGCAUUUCAGACACAGAUUUAACAAACUUGAAAUACAUUUGUCUGUUUGUAAAUUUUGAUUUUUGUCUUUUUUUCUUUUCCCCCUCCCUCUCACUGCUUCUUGUUUUUGACUUAAAAAACAUUUUUUAUUUUUUAUUUUUUUUGCUCUUCAAUCUUCCCUCUGCUUGCUUUUUUUGGGGGCAGUGCUGAGAUUUUUGUCGCUGACUGCUGCUUCUUGUGCUUCAGCAGAAACGCUGCUCAUCAUCAGUUUCGCUCGUGUUUCCCUUCACUGCUUCUCCUCACAUCAUUUUGGUCUGUGAGCCAGGCUUUCCUUUCUCUCUCUCGCUUUGCUUUCUUCAUUCUCUGUCUGCUUCUCAGGUCUCAGCUGGACUAAAUACGUGAGGAGCGAGUACUCGGAUCAUUCUGGUUUUGGACUCAAUCCUAGUUCAGACCUUGAAAGCGUGAGAUUUUGUCAUUUGAACUAUUUGUCAGAUAGACAUCACCAAAUUAUCACACUAAGGAGCCAAAUAGGAUGUCAUAACACCCCAAUAAUCUACUUUACUGGAGUUCUGUUUCACAUUAGAUAAAGAUUUAUACAUUUGGAGGUAAUUGCAUCGGCUCUGAACCUGCAGUAUGAAGCAGUGUGGGGAUUUAACUUCUAACAUCUUAGUUGCAAAUCUAUCGUCCACCAUAUCUAACAAUCCAACACAACAUCUGUGUCCCAGUUCCAUACUACACACUAAUUCUGAGCAGGUUUUGAGUCUGUUGUGUUCACGCUGGAAAAGUGACAAAAUUAAUAAAACUCAAGGAAGUCAAUAUUCAACAAUCAAUAUGGAAAAAUUAAAGGUACUCCAAGGAAUUAGUUUUACACUUCCAUAAGGUCUGGGGACUUGAAGAGACAGAUUAAAAUAGGAAUUGGAGCAGCAGAUGCAGAGAGAUCCGGACUUUGUCACUAGUGUGGGUCAAGCUCCAAACAUGCUGGAUCCUACAUUUCCCAUAAUGCAACUUAAUAGCAUAUUUUUAUUAAGCAGCCAGUAUGCUUCUUCAGAAGUGCUUGUCAGAUGGUCGAAUACCUUCUGAAACCACAUUUUUCCGACGUCAGUUACAGAUAAUUUCUGUGACUAUCCAAAAGUGACUUCACGCUGUGAUUGGUCAGCUGUGGAAGAAAGAGCCAGGGUUUGAACUUCUCUCGCUAGCUCUAUUUUUAUUAUUAUUUUUUCAUUCUUGGUGCAACUAUUUCUGUCACUUUUCACGUGAACAACCGAGUGCAACACUACGAAUGUCUUCCAGGAGAGACUGUGUGGAAAUGUGCAGCGCUAUCCCCGUUAUUUAAACAAUAUCGCGUCUUCCCUCUCAAUGACGGCCGGAUUUUCACUCCACCUUCCAGCGUGGUCGUUCUGAUCAGGUUUAAACACUUUUGAUUUACAACUUGGUCGGACAUCGUAUGAAUUAGUUCUGACUGAGCAUAACUCGACACUUAGAACCUCGCAGCCUGAUAAAUGCCUAGGUCUUUCAAACUCCACGCCUCCUGUCCGUAACGCAGGCUUUUCUUUAGGGAAUGCCAUGCAGUACAGAUACCCGGCCGAACUCAAACAUUAAGAUUACAUUGUUGUAGGUGUUGAGACUGAAAACAGCCCCGUGUUAAAACAAUGGGGGCUGUGUUAGUGGGGGCGUUUUACUUCAGGUACCAGUGAGACAAUGAAAUGCUGUCCAGGAAGUCCAGUUUGAGUAACAGAUCCAUGCGUUUGAAGGUUUAUCAGAGGCCACAACACUGCACAGCCGUUCAAAUAACUUUCCAAAGCUGUAAAAUCAUGUUUCAAUCAUUUUCUCCUCAGUGACGACAGUUGUGAGUUUAACUGUAGAAAUACGGAGUUCAUAAUUGUAAAAUAAUCUACCAGGAAUGUGCACUUGCAUGUAUUUGAUUGGCCGAUGCAGCGUGUUGCCAGAUGGCGUUGCGUUAUGACAAAAGUUGAGGCAGGUAGGCGACCAUUCGUUUUUCUUGUGCAAUCCCCUGCAUCAACCACACUUUGACACAUCACUAGCGGUAACGAUUUAUUUGACGUGUACAUGGAGUUUUUAGUUUGGCUCAUGUCCCAUCCGCUAACAUGGAGGGGGCGGGGUUUAUGACCUAUACUGCAGCCAGCCACCGGGGGGCGAUCCAGAUGUUUUGGCUUCACUUUUGGGGAGCUGUCAUGUCGUCCAUCUUUUAUUUACAGUCUAUGGUUUGAACACAGCCAAACUUCUCAUGACGAGUAAACGGAUCUUAAUCUGUAAAUUUGUUGGAGUUUCCCUUUAAAACAAAUCGCAAAAAGCUCAGGAAGAUCUUGAAAAACAAAGUAUCAAAUCUUUGGAAAACCAAUUUGCUUUCUCUUGGUCAAAUUCAAUUUGCAUCACAGUUUGAUUGACGUAUCAAAGGUACGUUGAUUUUUGCUUAAUAAUAGCAAAAACACUAUACUAAUUUGUAUAUAAUGUAUACAGUUAGUAUGAAAUUGGGACACAGCCAAUAUUUUCCUUUCAAGUCUUCUGCAACAUGUGUGUUUUCAGAGUUUAACCCCGCUACGACUGCUUUAUUAUGAACAUUAAAUCAAACCCUGGAUGUGACAUGGUUGGAAGGUUUAAACCACAGAAAUGUGAAGAGUUGAGAUGAAAGGUUUUUGGGGUGAAAUAUUAAACUAUUAAAUAAUCCUGCACACAGACAUUUUGCUGGAGGGAAAUAUUAAUCUCAUACUGUGAGUGUGUAUUUAUUUAUACCACUGGCAGAAAUUAAAUUACAAACGGAUGUUUCAGUAUUUAGUUAAUACAUUUAUGGAAUGUAUUAGUAGUCUCAGAAAUAGCAUUAAAAGCUAGCACGAAAAUAGACGCAGUUAAAGUAUAACCUAUCACUUCAGAUAUAUUUUAUGUAUAUUAUAUGACCAUUUAGUUUUUGUUUUGAAGAAAUCGCUUUAUUAACAUGUAAAAAAGAAAAGUAUCAUCUAUGUUUUAUAUAAUCAAGCUUUUUUUGUAUUUUUAUACUUGAAGAGGAUUCAUAAGCAUGUGACACAUUUAUUCUGUAAAUUAUUAUUUUUCUGCGUUAAAGAUUUUUUUAUUUUUUAUUUUUUUCCUGGUAACCAUGAUCACACUUUGUUGUGGCAGACCAGUCAGCAGUGGGGGAGUGGGAGGAUGGUUGUGAUGGACUGAACAGUAUAGUACCACCACAUUUAUAAAAAGCACAUAUCCUCCUUCCUCUAAAACAAUCACCUCACUGAUAGGACGCCCCAUUUUGUAGCUGUUUUCCUCUAUUAUAACCAACAGUGUACGUACACUACACAGACUACAGUUUAAACUCUAUUGAUGGUUUCUUGAUGAAUGUGUGAUUGUUCAAAACCAUUUGUGGAUGUUCAAAAAUGUAUAUAAACCCAAACGAUAUAUUACAAAAUUGAUUUUAUGUGGAAAUUUUUUAGACGGGAAAAAAAUAAUCCAAAAUGGCAUGCAUACUGUAAACAUUCCUAGAGAUCUGCACGCUGGGUCAACAGAGGUCUCAUUUUCUUGUCAAUAAUUCUGUGUAUACUUGUGAGUGUAUGAUAGAGUAAACAAAAAUUGUACAGUAACAUAGAUUUUUGUAUUAUGUUCAAAAUGGGUCAGCCAAGCCCCGUUUACUGUCAGAAUAAAGAAAAACGAUUAUUAUAACUAUUGAGAAAGAUAUUUGAAUGAUAUUGUAUAUCAGCUAAAUACUGUUCCUCCAGUCUGAGAGUGAUGCUUGCUGUGUGCGGUAAGUGUUGUUUGUGAAUUGUGAAGAAUGAUGAUAAUCUACUACAAAGUCAGUAUAACUAAAGACCAACUUAACAGUGCAAAACACCACGCAACUUUGUGUAUGGAAAGUAAAAGUUGCUGCUUCGUGUGAGAAAAAUCAACCAAACAAAAAAGGUUGCUGCUUUUGUACGUUCCUGUUGUGGUUUUGUGACAAUAAAGGUGACCCUCUUAUA